AUGGGUUUUCAAAUCGCCCACCUAUGGAAGACCCCUGAGGUCAACCCCAUCAGCCGAAAAGCACGAAGUGUACCAAUGCUCAACCCAGUCGACGUCUAUGGCAGAGUAUUCACUUUCUCCUGGCUCGGUUUUAUGCUUGCCUUCUGGGCAUGGUACACCUUUCCACCACUGUUGACUGUCACUAUCAAAGAAGAUCUCCAUCUUACACCCGCCCAAAUCGCAAACUCCAACAUCGUUUCUCUCUCUGCCACUUUCUUCCUUCGCUUCUUGACCGGCCCUCUAUGUGACCUGUACGGACCUCGACGUGUCUUUGCCUAUUUGAUUCUUCUCGGUUGCAUACCCAUCGGUCUCGCGCCACUUGUCAACAGUGCCACCGGUCUAUACGUCUCUCGAUUCUUUAUUGGUAUUCUUGGCGCUACGUUUGUUCCUUGCCAGGUCUGGUGUACUGGGUUCUUUGACAAGAAUGUUGUUGGUACUGCCAACGCUCUUGCUGGUGGAUGGGGUAAUGCUGGUGGUGGCAUUACUUACUUCAUCAUGCCUGCCGUCUUUGACUCACUGGUCGCUCGCCAGGGCAUGUCUCCUUCCAAGGCUUGGAGGGUCACCUUCAUCGUCCCCUUAAUCUGCUUGAUUAUCUGCGGCUUUGGCAUGCUGUUCCUCUGCCCCGAUAGCCCUAUGGGAUCUUGGGACGACCAGGCUCAGAUAGUUCAGAAGAACAUGGAGGCCCAUGGUAUCUCCAGCUCUGGAGAUGUCACCCCUAGCCGUACACCCGAUCGCUCAGUGUCAGACGAGGAGAACAACCCUGGUGAGGAGAAGGAUGUCAAGGUCGGUGACCAUGAGCACUCCAUCUCGCGCAACGAGGCCAUGGAAAUUGCUCGCGGCGAAGUCAUUGUCAAGCCCACCCUCCGCGAAGCUCUCCCGAUCACAUACUCUCCUCAAACUUUCUUCCACGUCGCCACGUACGCGUGCUCAUUCGGUGGUGAACUUGCCAUCAACGCCAUUCUGAGUUCGUACUUCAAGAAGAACUUCCCUCACCUCGACCAGACCAAGGCCAGCAACUACGCCGCCAUCUUUGGCUUCCUCAACUUCCUUAACCGUCCUCUAGGUGGUGUCAUCGCAGACAUUCUGUACAACAAGUGCGGCCGCAGCCUCUGGCUCAAGAAGGCUUGGAUUGUCGCUUGUGGUGUUUUGACUGGCGCCCUUCUCAUUGUCAUCGGCAAGGUCAACCCAUCUGAAGCCAACGGUGGCAGCAUCGGCACACUGGUCGGUCUCAUCGUGGUUAUGUCCAUCUUCAUCGAGGCCGGCAAUGGUGCCAACUUUGCUCUCGUGCCUCACGUCCACCCCUCCGCCAACGGCAUUCUCUCGGGCCUCACUGGAGGCGGCGGUAACAUUGGCGGUAUUCUCUUUGCUGUUGUCUUCCGCUUUAUGCACGGUGGCAACGACUAUGCCAUGGGUCUGUGGGUGAUUGGCAUCAUUACCAUUGUCCUGAACCUGGCGGUGUGCUGGAUCCCCCCUCUGCCAAAGGGCCAGAUCGGUGGUCACUAA